UAUUAUUAUUAUUAUUAAGUGGGUUUCUAUGCGACCCAUUCUGAUCUAUUGUACUACCCCUUCAUGGCUCAAAAAUCUCCCUGAACUCCAAUGCACUGUAUAAAUGCCAGAAUUUUGUGGGACUACAUACAUGCCCAGGAGUCUGUUCCUCCUGAUGGAAAGCGCCAUGCAGUCGCAUAUGUGCAGAGCUCUCCUCCUCCAAGCGACAGAGUUCACUGUCUGCAAUGCCAAUCUUAUGCAAAUGACUGCGAAGUCGGCAGUGCCUCGUAAAAAGGCCAGUUAAAAUGCGCACGGUGUUUUCAUUAAGGUCUUUUAUGGUUGUUUUCACGUGGGUCUGAAUAUACUUUAAAGAACAUUGUUGAAAUUGAUGAAUUUACAGUUUCCGUGACUAAUCCAUCAGCUCGCCGAUCUCAACAAAAAAAAUUCAUAUUUGAUAGUGUUUAUAAUAUGAAAACUAAUACGGAAGUGAUUUACGACGAGAUGUGUUAUUCGUUAGUAGAGAGUACAAUCGAAGGAUAUAAUGGAACCAUUUUUGCUUACGGUCAAACAGGUUGUGGAAAAACACACACAAUGCAGGGCGACAAAAAUUUAAGCAACAGUGGAAUAAUUCCCAAAUGUUUUGAUCACAUAUUUGAAACGAUAUCAAUGACAACAAAUGUCAGAUAUUUGGCAUUAGUAACGUAUAUGGAAAUUUACAAUGAACGCAUUCGAGAUUUACUUAAUAAAAAUGAAAAUACGAGUGUGAUAAAUCAUUCCCUUAAGGAACUGCCAGGUAUUGGUGUUUCCGUUCCAACGCUUACCACGCAACCUGUUGUUAAUGCAAACCAAUGUUACGAUUGGCUACAUUUUGGAAAUAAAAAUCGAGUAACUGCAGCUACAUUAAUGAAUAAGAAUAGCUCACGAUCCCACACUAUAUUUACCAUCACUUUGGAACAAUCUCCAUUUUUUAAUAGUAUUGGAUUGGAGGAUGCCUUUGGAGGAAUACGUAGAGGAAAACUAAGCUUAGUAGACCUAGCAGGCUCUGAGAGGCAGCGAAGGACUGGUGCUAAAGGAGACCGACUUAAGGAAGCGUCCCAAAUAAACUUAUCACUUUCUGCAUUAGGCAACGUUAUUUCAUCUUUGGUUGAUGGUAAAGCAAAGCAUGUACCCUUUAGGGACUCAAAACUUACACGCCUGCUCCAGGAUUCCUUAGGAGGAAAUACAAAAACCCUUAUGAUAUCAUGUAUAUCACCAACAGACAUAAAUUAUGAUGAAACCAUAUCUACACUUCGAUAUGCAAGUAGAGCAAAGAAUAUUUCAAAUAAACCUAAAAUUAAUGAAGAUCCAAAGGAUGCAACACUUCGACUGUACCAAAAUGAAAUUCUAUAUUUGAAAAGAAUGCUUCAAGAGAGUCAACAAAUCUCUUAUAGAAAUAAUGAUACAAAUAAAAUAAUAGAAUCACCACUAAAAAUUAUACAACUUACAAAUAUGAAUUCUACAAAAAAUGUUCAAAUAAUAGAAUCAGGUCAAAAUUGUAACGCAUCCUUUAAAACAAAUAACUCUAUAUCAACAAACCCAAAUUUCCCUUUAAUUCAAUCGGAAGGAGAAAUACAACUCCAAGCGCAAAGUCGAAUCGAUCUAAUAAAGCGCACUUUAAUUGGUGGUGAACGUAUCCAUGAUUUUAAGCUUAAAAAAAAAGCACAUGGCUCGAAAAUAUGCAGCCCAACGUCACUUAAGUGCAAUAGCUAAUGCCUUAAGUAGAGUGAAAUGUGAAGAUCGCAACCUUUUGCAGGGCCAUUAUGCCAGUAUUACACAAGAAAUCGAUAUAAAAAAUGAAUAUAUUAGAAAGUGCAAAGAGAAAAUUAAAAUGCUUGAAAUAGAAGUUUCCGAUUUAAAUUCAGAAUUUCAGCUUGAUAGAGAGGAUUAUUUGGAGGAAAUUCGCAACCUUGGACGGCAAGUAAAGUUCCAUCAACAACUUUUUUGUAAAGGUUCUUCAAAUCCCAAAAAAUUUGACCGGAAUUGGUAAGACCUUACAUUGGAUUAAACAACUAGCUUCUAAUAACGGAAGAGAGAUAUUAAAGAGAGUUAAAGAGUAUUAAAAAAAAAAAAAAAAAAAAA